GGUAGGCCGACAGACAUAGCGUCUCAGAAGCAUCCAAAUGUGAGAAUAGGCGUCCGAGAGAUGAGCAGAGCAUAGCUAAAGGAGAAAUAUGGAUGUAUGGCCUCCAGUUUGGAAAUAGGGAUGUAGUUAGAAGCAUGCCACCUUUCUACAUCUCUCGUUGGCUCCUCUUUAUUUUGAUCUCGACGGUUUGGGAGGCAUUCGCCAAAUCUCUUCCAGACCAGGGAGCAUUUGAGGUCGAGAUCAGAGUUCAGGUGUUCGACAACAGUGACCUUUCCCCUUUGGCUGAUGCUGAUGUGGUGGUUCAUGGGAACCAGUCUGUCUUGGCAUCCAGCAGGGCGGGCAGUGAUGGCGUUCUUCGAGUCAGCUUCCUGUACCGUCCAGACACCUGGGUCAUCAUCUCAGCGUCCAAACAGGAUUACGUCACCAACUCUGUCCCGUGGCAUUCAAACCGGAUUCCCUUGUAUGCAUCUGUUAGCUUGUACCUUCUCGUCCAGAGGCCAGGAACCCUAAUCUUGUAUGAGGAUGUCAUCCAGAUCUUGUGUGGGUCCCCAGGUGCACGGAACCAGCCAUUGGUUCAGCUCCAGAGGAAGUCCCUUCAACUGUCAGGCAGUUCUAAUUACACUGCUCUGUCAGCUGUGCUAACCACAGCCAAGAGCCAGUAUGAGAUAGGGGGCUUUCCUUACCUGCUUGGUCAGGAGACCAACAGCUCAGGGGCCGAAACAGGAUGGACCGAUCUAACAGCAUUGGCAGUGGUCAGUGUGCAGCUGUUUGACCGUGAUGGCAAAGCCAUCCAGGUAUCUGACCCAAUCCAUGUCUCUGUGCCGCUGCCAUCGGAUACCCGCACCCGGAUCGCCACCAGUAUACCCUCCUGGGUGUUUCAGUCCAAGACAGGUCUUUGGGUCAGAAAUGGUACUGGAUACAUCAAGAAGGAGGGAACACAACUUAUCUGGAAUGUGGUGGUUCCUCAGUUGGGGUAUUGGUUAGCAGCCUUUCCAUCAUCUGCAGGCAUGGGCUUGGGUCACCCUGGCCUGAGGGAUAUCACCACCUAUCACACCCUUUUCCUGCUUUCCAUCCUGGGCUCCCUGGCUCUGCUUGUCCUCAUCCUGCUGUGUGUGCUGCUCUACUACUGCAGACGUAAGUGUCUAAAACCACGACGACAGCAAGGCAAGCCCCACGCCUCUACCCUGAAUGGGUCCAAACGUGACCAAGGCACUUCCACUUCCCGACUCAACCUCAUUUGUGGCGGUCAUGUUGAAUCUGGCCCCUCUAAUGACCCUGGUAAAUCCGACUCAUCCCCAUCUCGAGACUACCAGGGCUCACGGGAGGAGUUUUCCAAGCAUGUCCCUGCUCAUAAGCUACGACAUGCAAAGGGGAAAAAUGCUUUAGGACCUCAAAGAGGUGAAAGCUUCCCCAUGAAGGUAACUCGCGCAACUGAAACCAACAACUUAGACCCCCCUUUGUUACAUGAAGACUACUCAAGAAGCUACAGCCCAAUGGAAGACAAGGACUCGGAAUACCACCGCCAUCACAGUGCCAACGACAACCGGGGAUACACCUCCGACCCCCCGUCUCCGCCUCGUUUUCAAGGUCACAUGUCGGACAAGUCAGACAAACCUCCGGAGUACUCUGCGGCUGCAGCUGACCACCUCGCCAGACCGACCUCACUUAACACCCAACCUGGGCAGAUCAUCUUCUGUAGCUCUAUCGACCAAAUGAAAGAGAACAUGUACAGAAGCAUGGUGCCCACCUUAGUAAUACCGGCCCAUUACAUGCGUCUGUCUUCUGAGUUCUCUGGGAAAGAUGGGAAGGAGCAGCAGCAGGAUAAGGAUGGGACAUCUAUGGGUGCUGGCCAGUCGCACCACCAUUCCCAGCAACAGUCCCAGCAGCAACAGCAACAGUCCGGUUCUCAAGGGGAGGACUCUGAAGAACCUAGCUGGGCCUCCGACUCCUCUGGUGGUCCCGUGAGGAUACCUGUUCUAUUCAAUGACUCCACCAUGGCCCAGAUGAAUGGUGAACUCCAGGCUCUGACAGAGAAGAAGCUUCUUGAACUUGGGGUGAAGCAGCACCCACGGGCGUGGUUCAUCUCCAUGGACGGACGUGCCAAUGCCCAUGUGCGCCACUCCUACAUUGACGUGGGGAAUGACCUCAGCGGCGGUGGUCUUAGUGCCACUAGCAGUGCUAUCCGAGACAUCAACCUCGAUUCGUCCAUGGACCCUCAAGAACGCAAGGCUGCAGUAAUCCGGAAGGGCAAAGACGAACGGUGGGGAACCGGAGGACGCAAAGGCCACAGUGGCGGAAAGACCUACUCGAAGUUAGCUUACCCAGAUCACAGUGAGCCUAGCAGUAGUGAAGGACGUCCAGUGUCGCCUGAGGAGAACUCCCUCACCCCUCUUCUGGAUGACGGCCCGUCGUCUCGGGGUUCCACCAUUCCUAGAAGGGGCCGAAGUCGCGUGAAUAGCAGCCGCAGCAGUAACAGCGAGAACCGUCGAGACUCCAUGACCAGCCCUGAAGACGAUCCAGAUGACAAGGACGAAAACAAGAAGAGUCCGUGGCAAAAAAUUGAAGAUAGGCCUCUCAUGGUCUUUCACCCCAAGAAGUAAGGCUUUGGUUUAGGGCUAAGGGGGACAUUUGAGGUUCCAAAAGCUAUGAGGAGACACCUGAGAGCAUACAAAUAAAGAAAAUGGUUAAGUAGUUCAUCAAGAAAUUAAAAAUAAGCACAAUCAAGCUUGACUCAAUAAAGGUUAUUUAUGAAUCCUUCCAUUUUGAUCAGGUUUUAUAUUUAGGCUCACUACCAUUUUACGUUGCCAUUUGGUUUCAUUGAAGCCUUUAAUUUAAAAUGAUUUUUGAGAUUACAAUCAUUACAUUUAAGAAUGAGUCAUUGCAUAACAGUACUAACUUUGGAAAUAGCCAUCUUUCAGAACAAAAAAACCCAUUUGGGUUGUAUUAAUCUAGAGCACUUACUAAUCACUUACUAAACUAAUGGAACUUGCCCAGUAAUGUGAAGAUACUUUUCAAAUUUUAUAUUGGAAAGCUGAAAUGACUUUUUUCAUUCCUUGGACUAGUGUUUCACAUUUUGAAGGCUCACUUUGAGGUUUGUAGAUGUGUCAUCCUUGUCAACUUUGGUAGUCAUCACUGGAUCAUGAGAAGGAGAUAACUCCUCCAGAGAACACCCAUCCCAAAACUGUGUAUUAUUCCUUGUUUAUGUCUUUAUUCAUUUCUAUAUUAGAGAUUUAUAUUGAUUGAUAGUGUUGUUAUUUGGCCCUCAGUCAAUGGAUUGUGCAUACUAUAAAGUUAAAUGUGAUAUGUGCAUUAUUUCUUCUGGGACAACAUUUAUUUCCUGUUUAUUCUGUCACUAUAUUAUGUAUUGUCAUACAAAUUUGAUAGUUCAAGGUAUGUAGUACUCAUUUAAAACUCCAACUGCCAACAUGAUAAAUUUCUGCCUUUCUCCUGUAACCUUUUAUCUUAUUUUUGACAGAAACAUACUAAUAUUGUGUAGAUAUUCAUUGGCAUUUGAGAGACCCAUUGGUAUUGGUAGGUGGUAAAUGAAUGUAUGAGACAAGCAGAAGUCAACCCAAGCUCUCUCAAAUGUCUGGUCCUGCUUAAUAUCAGAGGCUGUCCCACCUUAUAUUCCCUAGACACUUUGUGUAGAACUGAGACUUUAACUCCCUGAGCCUGGAAGAGGUCAAAAUAACUAUUGUGGAGCUGUCAAGUGUCAGAGAAUAAUUAGGGGUUGGAUUCAGACAGUUUCCACACCACCUUUCUCCUGAAAGUGCCUUGUUUCACAAGAGUUUCAGUGAUAGGCAUGCAGGUCUUUUUAAAUGCAGUCAGUGUAUAGUCAUGUCACCUAAAUGCGCCUGUGUUAAACAGGUACUAAUAAGCACACUGCAUCCUCUUAAGAACACACACAUUGAACUCCAAGGAGAGUAUGCCUGCCAAAAUAGAUAAUUGAAAUUGAAAAUUGUUUUCAUAGUUCCUAUAAUUUUUCAUCAAACUUGAAAAUGUUUGAGUUUGAACUAUUUGAGAUUGUUUGUGUAAAUGAGCUGUAUGUGCAUGUAAUAUGUAGAGUAGAGUGUUUUUAAUGAACCUUAUUGAGGAUAUUAAAGAUAUUGGCACAGAUUUGAUAGAUAUUUAAAUGUUGCCAAACAGACAAAUGCUUCUAUGGAAAUUCACUGAAUUUUGCUCCACCUUUACAAAUUCACUUCCGGUCUUUAAUGUUUACAAGAACAACAUGCUGACCAAUAUGCUCUCACUGUAGCUAGCAUCACCACUGCCUAUGACUCUUAACAACUGUGAAUCAUAUCUUCACAAUGUAAAUGCAGUCACAGAGGAUGCCAUAGUUGUUUCAAAACUUGGAAAUAGUAUUUGAGUGAUAAGGUAAAAAGUUCUCAAAAUGGUUCACAAACUUGGAAGUUACUCUGUAGGGUUUGAAUCUCACACACAAUCGAGAUAAGUGCAUUGCUUUUGUGAAUUGAAUCUUCAAUAUUUCAGUUCAUACCGAUUUGGCUGCACUGACUGACUAUAGAGAUGCAGAGUUGUAUAGUCCCAUUUUUCAGAUUCCUUUGUGUUCUGAAUCUACUGUUUUAAGCUGUUGGUUUGUCUUUCCCCCAUAAGCUUGCUGUUGAUAAGGCUUUGUCAAUUCAGUGCAAAUUGAAAUGUGAUGUAAUUGAAAGUGGCAAGAUGAACAUGUCAUCAAGGGUUAAUUUGCCCUCAGCUGUCUACUUCUGCUUUGUUGUAGUGCAAUGUGAUUUCAUUGCUAGGUUUUUCGUGAGGCUUUUAUCAAACAAGGAAUGCUUUGAAGUCAUAAUCAAUACAGUACAAACAUUUAUCCUAAGGCCCACCCUGUGAGAUUUUAUCUGGGUGGUGUUGCGAUACAAAUAUAAGCUAUGAAAUUGUCUUCAACAGUCAUGCAUACGUACAGAUGUUACAAAUUAUGAUGCAAAAAGAAAUGCUAAAAGAUUAGAUAGGAAUUUGUUACUGUGUUGUCACUCAUGCCUUCUCGAAAAGGGCCACUAUCAACACCUAGAGAGAGGACACAUUGUGUUCAAAUACAUUUGCUUCAUAAACGCUCUGGCCAGUUACACUGUAAAUUGAAACUGUACAAUAGAAAUAAACUUGUUUACACAGUCA